UCAGUUCAUCCCAAGAAACCGCUGCUCCAGGACAGAGGUGCCAUGCAGUCCCGGGUCCUUCUCGUCACUGCCCUCCUGGUGCUCCUGGCCUCUGCCCGAGCUACAGAGGGGGAGGACCCCUCCCUUCUGGGCCUUAUGCACGGUUACGUCCAGCAUGCCACCAAGACCGCCCAGGACACGCUGACCACCGUGCGGGAGUUCCCGGUGGCCCAGCAGGCCAGGGACUGGGUGACUGGUCGCUUCACCUCCCUGAAAGACUACUGGAGCACGCUUACAGGCAAAUUCUCCGGGUUCUGGGAUUCGACCUUUGCCGUCACACCGACGCCAGCCUCUGAAGCCAAGUGA